AGCUAAUUAUUAAUAUUCAUUAGCAAAAUUACCAUUAGCAUAAUUAUAAUAGUUGUUUAUUUGAGUGCUAUGUCACUGUCAACGUAUUUCUUGGCUUCGCGUUAAACCGCCUCUGUAAAUAAAUUGUGUAAAUAUCCUCCGUGUACUGAUUGCAAUAUUUUUUUCUCGCGAACACUGAAAUAUUCUGAAAUAAUGACCUCGUUCUAGUAAGCCUACCCACUCAGUCGUGCUUCGUUUCGUUCCCUAAUUAAGUAUUUAUUAAUGUGCGACCUGGUUUUUCUCGGAAGAUACCGAUUAGAAUACGAAAAUAUCUUUAAAUUUAGAUAUCGCAAGGAUUAGGGCACAUUAUAAUCAAUUUUGAUGACUUCCGUGGCAGAAGUCAAUGCAAUUUAGGAAGAUUAUGAUUUUUAUGUCGUGACGUCACUGGGCCUUGGAGAUUCUUAGUAAAUAUAAACACGAUCUUGACUAUUAUUUUUUUAUCCACAUUUCCUUUAAUAUGAAAUUCUUAGGAUAUUAACACAAAACAUAGGAUAUUAAAAGCUUGUAACAAAAUACACAUAUAUAGCCAUUUUAAGUGAUCGUAUUAGGUUUCUGUCCGUUUGAAACGCGAUGUGAAGCUAAAAUGGAGCUCUCAUAUUUCAGUAAUACAAACCCGAGUGACGGCGCGAAUAUGUCGAAACCUAUUAGCGAAAAAUUGCACUAUUACUAAGGUGUUAGGUACUAAUUUCCCGUGCCUUCAUUGUUAUAUAGAAGAAUGUCGGUUACAUCUGAAACAUGAGAACGCUGAAUAGCAGGCAACUAAAUAAGCUGUGGUCCAGUUAUUGGAGUUGUCGUAUCGUGUUUAACUAUUGAACUUAUUGUUAUUAUUAAUCUUAAUGAAGCGGACGUGCUCGCUGUAAUACUCUUGUCAAUUAAUUCUUGGGGAUCGCGACUAUCGAAGUUUUAGAACGCACACCUCGGGAAAUAUGAAAUUUAGCCGCGAAACACAACCGUUGGCCGCAUUCUUGAACGCCGACACGCAUUAAAUUGGAACGGGCAUCCGUCGAGUGGCGAGAUUCAUGUGCAAUGUCUACGUUUUAUAUCCUCCUGCUCUGUAGUUUAUAGUACAAGCCCAGGUAUUUAAGGUGAUGUGAUAAAGUGUGUGACUGAUAUGUAAUUAUACACAAGUGUAGCAAUUGUUUAUGAGAUACGUUUUAUAUAUUCGUAAGAUGGAUCGUUAUGUGAUUGCAUGCUUCCCUUAGUGCUUAGUGUUUAGUGAACCGUGUGACUGAUAUACUCGGAGCAUGCUGAUCAAUACGUUUCUAGACACGGAAGAUUUCGUGCAUUUAUAUUAUCCCGAGGAUGAGCCACCCGCGGCCCAAGGUUGUGCAGCCGGGGCCCGAAUGGCAUCCAAGUACCCGAGAGCGCCUUCGCCGGACUAUAAGGAGGUAUCGACGCUAACGCCGUCGAGCGACAUGAGUGAGCGGGACCGAGAGCGGCGUGGUGCGCCGCCCGAGCCGCCGCCGCAUCGUGUACGCGCUGCUGACUUGUACCCACGCACGCGCACGCAUUACGACGAGCCUGGCCUAGAGCCUGCGCUUGCGCCAAUAUGUGGCGAGUUUGUGCAGUGGGUGGGACGUACAUCAGAUGGCACGAUCGCCAUGUCCAACUACCGCCUCCACCUUCACACGCGUCGUCGCGGCGGCUCCGGCCUCUCAGUGCCUCUGAGGCUCAUCGAUGUGGUUGAGAUCCGGGAUCUGAUCACGCUUAUCAUUUUGUGCAAACAUGGAAGACAGCUCAAAUGUACGUUCAACGCGAGUGAACAAUGUCUGGAAUGGUGGAGGCGUCUGACCACAUCUCUGGCCCCUAUCACUUCUCUGCAGGAUAUCUUCGCGGCGUCCUACGCCGCCUGGGCGAAAGAGCAGCCGCCUUCCUCCGUGCACAGAGCUUUACUGAACGCCUCCCAAGCGCCUCAUCAGAGACAUUGGUUCGGCUGCGAGUUGGAGCGAUUAGGAUUCACGACGAAGGGUCCGUGGCGCGUGUCCGCCGUCAACGCGGAGUACAAACUCUGCCCCUCCUACCCUCCGCUGCUCAUCGUGCCCGCUUCUAUCGGAGACGAGCAGCUCGAGGCCGUGGCCAGGUUCCGCACGAUGCGACGCAUUCCCGCCGUGGUGUGGCGCCACAGAAAGACGGGAGCCGUGAUCGCCCGCUCCUCGCAGCCCGAGGUGGGCUGGUUCGGAUGGCGCUCCGGAGACGACGAAGGUCUCCUGGCCGCCUUCGUCGGCGCUUGCGAUGCGGAUCGCACCACUCCCAAAAAGCCUCGAAGACUGCUAAUAGUGGACGCGCGUUCGUUCACUUCCGCGGUGACGAACCGGGCUCGGGGCGGAGGCUGCGAGUGCGCCCAGUACUACCCUCUGGCCGACAUUCAGUUCAUGAGCCUCCCCAACAUUCACCACGUGCGCAAGAGUUUCCAGCAGAUGAGGGACCUCAUCGCCGACAACGAUCAGCCCAACUGGCACAGCGCUCUGGAGCGCACCCUGUGGCUGCAGUACCUGUCGGGGCUGCUGCGAGCGGCGUGCACGGUGGCCCGAGCGGCGGCCGACGGACAGCCCGUGCUCGUGCACUGCUCGGACGGGUGGGACCGCACGCCGCAACUCGUGGCUUUGGCCCAGCUACUCUUGGACCCCUAUUACCGCACCCUGGAGGGAUUCCGCACUCUCGUGGAACGGGAGUGGCUGGACUACGGCCACAAGUUUGCCGAACGAUGUGGACACCAAGUGGGCGGAGAGGACCCCAACGAGAGAUCUCCCGUCUUCGUCCAGUGGCUGCAUCUCGUACACCAACUCAUGUUACAGUUUCCCGUCGCCUUCCAGUUCAACGAGGCCUAUCUCAUAAAGCUCGCCACUCACGUGCACUCGUGUAUGUUCGGCACGUUCCUGUGCAACAAUCGGCGGGAGCGCGCCUCGGCCGGAGACCCCGGCCCGCACGUGUGGCAUCUGCUCGAAGCCCCCGCCUACCGGAACCAUCUCUACUUCCACGACCAGGAGGAGCUGUGGCCCGAGUGCAGCGUGAGCGGGCUGCAGAUCUGGUGGGGGCUGUGGGGUGGAGGAGGCGCCCACGAGCCUCCGCCCGCCUCACCCACGCCGCCUAGGCCCGCGCCGCCCCCGCACAACGGUGUCAUGACGAAGACGCGGUCGUGCGACAACUUGCUGAACGAAGGCGAGAAAAGAACUGCGCAGCGCCGCAACAGCGAUCCCAGCCUCCCACCCGACGCAAAGCUACUGAUGCUGAACGGGAAAGCGGAGGAAGGCAAAGUCAGAACGGAAUGUGAGAAGGCGUUGUCCGAUAGCUGCGUGGACUCUCUGCCUCCCUCGCAGACCACCGCAACCCACCUGACGCUGGAUUUGCAGCAGGAAGAGGUCGAGUUACACGCGAAUCACUUCCGCCCACCGAGAGACAUCGCCAGCAACUCUUCCUCGUUGGAGCGGGAACUGGCUCUGGUCACCGACAGGGCCGACUCCGGCUCCAUCCUCGACGGCGUCGUGGCCGGCCUCGGACCUCACGUCGCGGUCGACGUCACCGACAGUGGAUCGCCGGACACGGCCGACAGGGACGUGUUCGACCUCUACGCAGACGUCAUCGAAAUAGCGGAUACCUCUAGGGAAGCUCGCACGCGGAACAUAAGCAUCACGUGGCGCUCCAUAUCCGAAUCUAGCAACCAGUCUUCGAACGGUUUCGUUAUUCCGGAAAACUCGCCACAGAACAGACUGGAACCCGUCGCGGCCCGACUGGAGAGAGCGAUCGACAACAGGAGUUCCUCCGAGAGAGACACUCCCCCGGACGACAGAAAAUCGUCAGACAGAGACGGGCCGGUCGUAGACAACCACAACUCCACGGAGGGCGACAUAGCCAACCAUAACGUCGUCAACGGCAACACCAAUCACAACCGGGAAAGCGUCGGCAACGGAGACACGAACGGAAUCGCGAACGUCGCGGCCAAGUUUCUGGAAGUGGAAUUGAACGGCGUGGUGUCGUCGAGCUCCGAGAGCGAGGGUGAGGGGCGAGCGCGAGAGGAGGGAGGGCCGCGCGCCGGCCGAGUGCCCAGCCAGCUCACGCUGUGUCCCGCUUCGCCCGGCCGGACCUACUGCCGCUGCGGAUCGGAGUCGGUGCUGAACGGCGUGUGCUGGUGCGGCGUGUGCGGCACGGGGGCGCCCGGCGGAGUGGGGGUGGCGGGGGUUGCGGGAGGCUGCGUGUGCGGGGAGGGGGCGGAGAGGGAGUCGCGGGGGGAGAGAGACUCGCUCGACGGCCUACCCCCGGCUGACGACCCUCUGCAGGCCCGACUGCAUCAGAUCAUCCUCUAUCAGAAGAAAGUGGUAGAGGAGCUGAACGUCCAGUUACGGUCGGCUCACGAGGCUUUAAGGAGAGCGUCGCCGGCCGCCCACGCCCCGCCGCCCGCGCGGCACCGGUCGUCUACGCCGGAACCGCCCAAGACGGCGAUCGGCAGCAGCAGCGGGGGAAGCGGCAGCAGCAGCGGCAGCGCCUCGGAGGUCGAGGUCGGCGAGGAGGCCGGCGGCGUUCUCUGGCUGCCGGACAGUGCGGCGCCACGUUGCCAGCAUUGCCGCAACCAGUUCUGGCUCGCGAGGCGGCGCCACCACUGCAGGCGUUGCGGAGGCAUCUUCUGCGGUUCCUGUUCGGAGAUGAGCUCGUGGGGCGACGUGGGGUCGGUGCGCGUGUGUCGCCGAUGCCGCGCCCUCAGGUGACCCAUCCGCCGGUCCGGCCUCGCCGUCCACCUCUAGACGAGCGGUCCCGCCCGAAAACCCUUCCAUCCAUCCACUUCGCCGCAAAGCCCUCGUCUCGAGUCUCUCGCCGAUACUCAUCGCCACUAGUCGACGUCAUUGU